ACAAGAUGAGUGCUGCUGUUGUACGAAAAAAGAGAUAUAAUGUGCGUGACGGAUCUAAGUUUCUAAGAGCUGUAGGUGGAUCUAAGGAGCACUGCUGUGUGCCACUUUGCUCUGCUUCAAGUCGAUAUAACACCCAUUUGAGCUUCCACUGUUUCCCGAAAGACACCAACCUUCGUGCGCAGUGGCUGCACAAAAUAAGGAGGGCACGAUUUACGGUGACCCCCCACACUAAGGUAUGCAGUCGACAUUUUCACGAGAAUGACAUCCACACUACUGCUAGGGGUAGACGGGUUUUAGCAGUAGGCUGUGUUCUGUCGUUAUUUGAGUGGAAUAACUACACUAAGGUGUCACGGGCCGGUGUUUGGGAGCGCCGAUCUCGACCACCGAGUCCAGAACCGGACAUGCCGGGGCCUGAUGAAGACAUCGAGCAACCAGUCAUGGUCCCGAUGGUUGUGGACCACGACUACGGGGCCAGUCGUACUGUAUGUGUGGACCGGGAGCGAUAUGAAGAUGCAUUCCCCUCGUACGAGCAUCUGAUGGCGUUCUGGCACCUGAUCGAGGCAGCAACAGCAAAAAUUGUUAGGGUCACCAGGGCAAAUAAAAACUAUGCCACUACCACAACAACUGAAAGCCCUUUAACCAGACCAACUAAACUGCUGCCGAUAGAUGAGCUCUUCCUUUUCCUCACAUACCUGUCCACUGGCUGUACCCAGAGGGAGUUGGGUCAUAGAUUCAAUAUCCACAGAGCAACAGUCAGCCGAAUCAUUGUGACCUGGGCCAACUUCCUCUACUGCUUACUGGGCUCGGUCUGCAUAUGGAUGUCUCCUGCAGCUGUGAAGGCUAGUCUUCCACACGACUUUGAUGGCAGCUACAGCAAUACACAAGUAGUGCUUGAUUGUACAGAGCUACGGUGUCAAACACCUUCAUCCCUUCUCCUUCAGAGUGAAGUUUUUUCCAACUACAAGUCCCACUGCACCUUUAAGGCUAUGGUGGGCAUGUCCCCUCACGGAGCCCUGACUUUCGUGUCAGCACUCUUUGAGGGUUCCAUGAGUGACAGGGAGGUGUUUCGUCAGUCAGGGAUUACAUCACUCUUAACACCUGACAUGGCCAUUAUGGUGGACAAGGGAUUCUUGGUUGAAGGCCUUGUACCUGGGCCUGUUCAUCGUCCUGCCUUCCUCUCCAAGAUGGCCCAAAUGUCCAUUGCCCGUUUGAGGGUGCACAUUGAAAGGUUAAUCAGAAGAGUAAAAGAGAAUAAACUGUUUGAUACCACCAUCCCUCUUUCCAUUGCAGGGAGCAUUAACCAAAUCUUCACAGUCGCUUGUCUCCUUUCAAACUACCAAAAUAGACCUCUGGUCAAGAAAUGGAGAUUAUGA